UUUACCUUUUGCAUGUUUCCGCAUAACGUCUUUUACUCCUUAUUUCACAAAAAUUCAUAUCACAAAAACUUCACAUUUAUGGCAAAAACAAACAUAAUUAGAUUUUGCUAACUGUUUACUAAAAUCAUUGUCCUUUUUUGUCGUAUUUCUUCCACUUAUUCCUAAAAGGGCGAAACUUCAGCAAAAUGGCCGCCGGACUACGUCCAUCGAUAACCGAUCUGAGCGAUCUCACCACCCUUGCCAUGCAUGAUGAGAACGCCGGUAAAAAUAAUGAUUCUCCCGGACUGGGUGACGGUGACCAACUAAACAUCACUGACGAGAAUAAGCCGGUUGUGAUAAAAAAUUCUCCGAACAACGCUAAAAAGUGCCGUCACGAUGAGGAUACGGACAACGAGGAUGUCCCACAGCAAAAACGAUCGGUUAAGAGAGCCCAGAAGAAAUCGUCGGCACGAGGAAAGAGAAAGCGUCGCACUUCCUCAUCUCCACGACCGGCUGGGCGCGGGAAGAAAGUAAAAGAUGCGGACUUGCUUGCGUCGCAAGACUGGCGCGCCGACGAGAGCGGAAUAACGAAAGGAAUGUUGGCCGAGCCAAAAGUCAUUCUAGUGGUGGACACAAAUGUUCUACUGGAACGGGAAGGAUUGCGAUUCCUGGAGGACCUGACGGACGGAAAGUACGACGGACCGGGAAUUCCGGCGAUUCAGAUACGCGUGCCCCAUGUAGUGUUUUUGGAAUUGGACCGGCAAAAAAACCGAAGUGGUGCUAACAAUCUUUCCCAGCGUGCACAGACGGCUAUUCGCUUCCUGCAUGAUCAGUUAGUGGACCACCGGCGUCUUCCCGAUUCGGUGGAACCGAAAACCGGUCUUACGUCCCCUGACGGCUACAUUCCGCGUUUUGUUGGCCAAACGGCGCGGGACUUCACCCGGGCGGGCAAGGAAUACCAGCAGCACAUCGAUGAUGAUCACCUGCUGUUUUGUUGUCUGCAGACGCAACAAGCCAUUACCGCGCGACGCAACAACACCGAAUCUGUGGACACCCGGGUGUGGUGCUUGACGAACGACCGCAAUAUGCGCACGCGUUCGGUGGUUAACGGGGUAGCGGCGUUUUCUCUGUCGGCUGUUGUCACAAAUCUCCAUAGACGGAGGGCGGGCGGAUCGUCGAUAUUUGAUUCGUGCUAAAAUACCCAACCAGGGGCGUUAACGAGCGAUGUUCCGACCAAUCAAUUAAAAAAAUUUCUGUGAUAUUCUUUUCACAAAAUGGCUUGAUAAAGAUAACUGCAUUCUAGAAGAUAAAUCCAUAUCUAAAAGAUGUGGUUCAAAUUAAAUGCCAAAAUUAUUCAAAUAUU